CGAGGAGGUCGAUUGAUUGACACGGGCGGGCCGUAAGAGUAACACAGCGAGUCUCAAGUCGAGAAAGUGCCGCAUUGAACCAACUCUAAAGUGUCGAGCUCCAGCAGCUGACGUGUGAGGUACUCAGGCAGAUUCUCUCUGAGAAUAGACUGCAUCAGUGUGCACGCUUCUUGCCGUGGAGCACCGACAGCAUGACGCACAUCCCCCAGACGGAUACCUGCGACCAACGAGAACGAAUGAGUGUAUGACAUGACGUAUGCAGUGCAGUCAGCGGCGGCGACCUACCCAGGCGCCGCUCUGCCCACGCAAGCACUGUGUGGUCGACCGACGCGGCAUAGUCGAUUAGGAAGCGCUGCACAGUGUGCCUGUCCAGCGUUUGCCGACCGUUGACAGCCAGCAAGAGGCCCUCGACAGGGUUCUUGCUCUCGCUCAAGGGCGGCUGGACAUACCUGUAUGACCAUCAUGAUGGAUGGCACACGACACACAAGGGGAGCGGAGAAGCAGCACAGCCACCGUUGAGUCUGUCGGUCGGUCGGUCGGUCGGUGUGUCACUUGAAUCUGAGUGGUCUCCAUCCGAGCUUGUGCUGUAUCUGCUGCCUCGUCCCGGGCGCAUCAGCUAUCUCGGCAAACAAAGUGCACGGCUCCUCAUGAUAACCAAAGCGACGACGGGCAGCAUCCAGGAUCUGACAGACAGUGAGUGGAGUCAGCGCCACCCUUCACGCCACUGUGCCACCCUACCGUGGCUGGUUGACCAACCGACCUGGUUUCGUGUGUCGAGUAUCCUCCUGGCGAGUCCCUCCCCCCUGUAUGGCUCGAGCACCACGGUAUAGGAUGACAGGCCGCAGUUGCUCCAGCUGUAGUACUCAAACAGGCUGCCGCCUGCCACACAUUCACCGCCGGCGGCUGCCACGAGCACGUGCAGCUCGGGAGAGACCACAUCAGGAUGCAGCAGACCCUUCUCUGCACACAAAACAAACAACUCUCAUGUACACUCAGAGUCAUCUAUCUGCGUGUGUCAGAACCUCCCUCCCCACUCCCUCCCGUACCUACCGAUGUCGGCGAGAUCAUCGAGCAGGUCAUCGUCGAAGGAAGGCCUCAGCACCUGCAACGUGCAACGCAACGCAGACAGACAGGGCUGUUAUGCAUGUGUGAUUCCAUCCGUCGUUGGUUGGUUGACCGACAGCAUGUGUUGUGUUGUGUGUACCUCAGAGUAGAAUCUCCUGGUCCAGUGGAUGGCCACAUCAGGCGACUCGCCUGCCAGAUCUCGCAAAUCGAACAGAUCCAU